UAUAUUUGGGUAAGACUUGGUCUCUGGCUGUUGCUUCAAUCCGAGAAAAUGCUGACUCUACUCUUCUUCUCUCUCGGAGUCCUUCUUCUUAUCGGUCUGCUAUUCAAAUUCGCACUUGCCGAUGGAGAUUUUACCCUGAUUUCGAAGAAGCAUGCGAAGCGUGAAGCCAUACAAGGAAAGGUCGUCUGGAUCACAGGGGCUAGCCGUGGAAUUGGGGAAAUUCUUGCUAAACAGUUUGCAAGUUUAGAUGCCAAGCUUAUUCUCUCUGCAAGGAAUAAAGCUGAAUUGGAGAGAGUUAAGAGUGAGCUCAAAGGUAAAUAUGCACCAGAAGAUGUCAAGGUUUUACCUUUAGAUUUAGCUAGCGGCGAGGAGUCGCUCAAACAUGUCGUAGAGCAUGCAAUGUCACUUUUCCCUGGGGCUGGUGUUGAUUAUUUGGUUCACAAUGCUGCCUUUGAGCGUCCGAAAUCCAAGGCAUCGGAUGCAAGUGAGGAAACUCUCAAGACUACAUUCGAUAUCAAUGUCUUUGGGACGAUAACUCUUACAAAGUUGGUAGCUCCUUAUAUGCUAAAACAAGGAGGUGGACAUUUCGUUGUGAUAAGCAGUGCUGCAGGAAAGGUACCAUCACCUGGACAGGCUAUAUAUUCUGCUUCAAAACAUGCUCUCCACGGCUACUUCCACAGCUUGCGUUCUGAGUUCUGUCAGAAGGGAAUCAAGGUUACCGUCGUUUGUCCUGGUCCUAUAGAAACCUUGAAUGGUACAGGAACAUCAACUUCAGAAGACAAGAAGUCUCCUGAGAAGCGUGUGUCAUCUGAACGAUGUGCAGAAUUGACUAUAAUCGCUGCGUCUCAUAACUUGAAGGAAGCUUGGAUUUCAUAUCAGCCGGUACUGCUCGUGAUGUAUCUAGUGCAGUACAUGCCUUCCCUUGGCUUCUGGCUCAUGGACAAGGUUGGAGGGAAGCGUGUAGAGGUCGCGGAAAAGAAAGGCAACACAUACUCAUGGAAUUUACUGUUUGGGAAGAAGACUAAAACAAACUGAACUGGUUCUUUAGAAGGUGUCUGAUAAAGUAGAUGUAGUUGCUGCUUUAUUGUUAAAUUAGCUCAAUAAGUAAGAAACGAUGUGAUCUUCU